UCGGCACUCCGACGCAUAGUAGUUGCAUCCAUCUCCAUGGUCCAUCCCUUCUCGGAAAAUUAAAAUUAUAUUUACUUUUCCCUUUUUUUCCCAAGAAAAUAUUAUAUUAUUCUUGUUGAACUUCAAUUUUGAUACGCCAUCAACACAAAACGUGUGCACCCAAGACGGCAAGGCCACAAGGCUAAUACAAAACUUGGAACCAACAACUGACACUGUCAUCCUAAUCAUUUAAUCACGGCCGUUGAGGGAGGAUCUGAUGGCUGCACAAGGACAAGCAACCAUGGACCCUAGCGUACUGGAUGACAUAAUCAAUCGGCUCACAGAGGUCCGAUUAGCCCGACCCGGAAAGCAGGUCCAGCUCUCAGAGACCGAGAUCAAACAGCUUUGUGUCGCCUCUAGAGAUAUCUUUAUUCGACAACCUAACUUGCUUGAACUCGAAGCCCCAAUAAAGAUCUGCGGUGAUAUACAUGGGCAAUAUAGUGAUUUGUUGAGGCUUUUUGAAUAUGGAGGCUUUCCUCCUAAAGCCAAUUAUUUGUUUUUAGGGGAUUAUGUGGAUCGUGGCAAGCAGAGUUUGGAAACAAUAUGUCUUUUGCUUGCAUAUAAGAUUAAGUAUCCGGAGAACUUUUUUCUUCUACGGGGAAACCAUGAAUGUGCUUCCAUUAAUCGGAUAUAUGGAUUCUAUGAUGAGUGCAAACGGCGGUUUAAUGUGAGACUUUGGAAAGCCUUUACUGACUGUUUCAACUGCCUUCCUGUGGCGGCUCUUAUAGAUGAAAAAAUAUUGUGCAUGCAUGGUGGUCUUUCUCCUGACCUGUCAAACUUGGAUCAAAUCAGAAACCUAAGUCGUCCAACCGCUGUUCCUGACAAUGGUUUACUUUGUGAUCUGCUCUGGUCAGAUCCUGGAAAAGAUGUUCAAGGAUGGGGAAUGAAUGACAGAGGAGUUUCAUACACCUUUGGUGCUGACAAGGUGUCAGAAUUCUUGAAGAAACAUGAUUUGGACCUGGUCUGCCGUGCUCAUCAGGUUGUGGAAGAUGGAUAUGAAUUCUUUGCCGAUAGGCAACUUGUAACCAUAUUUUCUGCUCCCAACUAUUGUGGUGAGUUUGAUAAUGCUGGUGCAAUGAUGAGUAUUGAUGAAGAACUGGUGUGUUCUUUCCAGAUUCUUAAGCCAGCAGAGAAGAAAGCUAAGUUCUUGAUGUUGACGAAAAUGUGAUGCUAGUUUCUCAGGCUUAACCAAGGGAAAGAGCUGAAAUUGACUAUUACCAGCUUCAGAACUGAACACUUGAGGGAAGGGAAGGUACUUGCAUGUGGUGCUUGGCUUUAUAGGCGGGGAAUCUACAACCCCAGCUACUAAAGCUUUUUGUUUGGGGGGUGGGGUUUGAAAAGGAAAAGCCAAGAAACUUCAUCGUUUAUGUUUUCUCCCUUCAUUGGGGUUGUCAACUUAUUUGCAAUGCUAGCGUGUGUCUUUAGCUUUUCAAGAAAAUUUUCGAUAGUAGACUAAGCUGUCUGUAUAUAUUAGUCUACUACAUUUUCAGAUGCUGUAAGAUGGUAAUUCUCUGAGCCUGCGAAACGAAUGGCAAGCUCGGGUGACCCCAGAAGUUGGGAUUAUACAAGCAUAAGCCUGGUAGCCCAAAUUGAAAUCCAGAUGGUGUAGAUUACCAUUUUGUCUGUUUGCUGCUACUGAUUCCAAGUCGGCCAGUGAUGCUUUCUAGCUUCUUCUGUUGCA